GAUCAGUUAAAAUUAGCUGAAGCUGAAAUGGAUGAGGUUAAAGAAGAAAAUGAAAGAUUAAAGAUGUUAUUAGCACGAAUUGCAAAGGAUUACCAGUCCCUAAAAAUGCAUUUCUUUGAUAUUCUUCAACAAGAAGAAGCCAAAAGUACUACAGACACGACUUCCGGAUCCGACGGCCAUCAGGCAAAAGAAGAACCUGAACUUGUCUCCCUUAGCCUUGGGAUGACGUCAAGUGAUCAGGCUAAAAAGCAUGACAAAAAGAAUAGCAAUUUGAGUAAUGGCGGCCAAGAGGAUGAUGAAAGAAUGAAUGGACAACUUUCAUUGCGGUUGGACUGCAGAUUUGAGCCGGGCUCAAACGAAGAUAGGAGGAUUAUUGCAAGCUCCAAUAUUAAUAGCUUUGAAGAAGUACUGAAAGAAGAUGAGCCCACUGAGAUUUGGCCUCCAAGUAAAGUUUUGAAGACGGCGAGAAGCACAGAUGAUGAAGUUUUACAGCAGAAUCCUUUGAAGAAAGCUAGGGUUUCUGUUAGAGCUAGAUGCGAUACCCCAACGAUGAACGAUGGAUGUCAAUGGAGAAAAUAUGGACAGAAAAUAGCAAAAGGAAAUCCAUGCCCUCGGGGAUACUACCGUUGCACAGUCUCAUCAUCAUGUCCUGUGAGGAAACAGGUGCAAAGAUGUGUUGAUGACAUGUCCAUCUUGAUCACCACCUAUGAAGGAACACACAACCACCCGCUUCCAAUUUCAGCCACCGCCAUGGCUUCCACCACCUCAGCUGCUGCUUCCAUGCUUCAAUCCCGCUCUUCAUCAAGCUCCCAGGGAGGUCUCGGGACGUCAGCCACAGCCCCCAUCUCCAGCUCCACCGCCACCAACCUACACAGAUUCAACUUCAGCGCCUCCCAAAACUCAAGACCACAUCAAUUCUACAUUCCAAAUUCCUCAUUCUCAACUUCAAACUCACACCCAACAGUCACUCUCGACCUCACCACUGCACCAUCCACCUCCUCCUCUUCUUUUGGAAGGUUUUCUUCUACACCAAGAUACUCUUCAACGCGCCUCAAUUUCUCCUCAUCAUCUUCCUCUUCUUUAGACCCCAACACCCUACAAAGUCACUGGAAUGGUGGCUAUCGCGGCUACAGCAAUUAUGGGAAACCGGCCUACAAUGACAACCAUAUCGAGUACUCAAACACAGCUGGAAAACAACCAUUUCAAGAACAUUUGUACCAAAAUUACAUGCACAAUCAUCAGAAUGCCGCUGUUCCUCUCCAAGAAAACAUAGUGGCUGCAACCAAGGCAAUCACAUCAAACCCAAAAUUUCAUUCAGUUUUAGCCGCAGCACUCACGUCAUAUGUCGGUGAUGCCAGAGAAAACAUUAAUCAGGGCGCGGGUGAUCAUCAUCAUCAAAGCUCAAGCCUGAAGUUGAAGUGGGGUGACUCUCGUACGGUGAAUCAUAUAUACCCUUCAAGCGUGCAGAAUGUAAUAGGGUGUGGGUCAAGCUACUUGAACAAAUCGCCGUCUUUAAUAACCUCUCCACAACAAGGCGGCUUGCCAUUGUUCCCACCUUCAUUGCAACUUUCUGCAUCUAAAGGCGCUUCCACGGCUCUCGCUGACAAUAGGGACCAUUUCCAGUUGUGA